GUAUGGAAACGUCAUAUGAUAGUGAUUUCCGCCAUCACGGUGUUUCUCUUUGCUGCACACCCAAUGCUGAAUAAGAGUUUUGCUUUCUUUGCUUUGGAAAGCCUUAACAACGCAGUCAGCAAACGAUUUUUGGCUUGGAAAUUUUUCCAGAUUCGCCUGACUGUACGUUAUCAAGUACGUGCUUCGCACAGUUUUGAAAUGCAAUUCAGCGUCGACUUCGAAUGUGUUCGCCAUUAUACCGUUUCUAAAGCGUUCCUGGCCAAAACUCGUGAGACUGCUACCCAAAUGCAAUUGGGUUCUUAUUUAACGUGACCCCCUACCCCCUACAUCAAUGUUGGGGUGUUUGUAUGGGCUAAAAUCGAAUGCUGGGACAUUUAGCUCUCAAACGACACCAACAUUGAUAUAGGGGGGAGGGGAAAAAUUUAUAUGUCCUAAUUUUUCUUGGGAAAAAUUGAUAGCAUGCCGAAUUUUUAAAUCAGUGUCAAGAAGUUUUGGCCACGAUUGUAGACAGCUCCACGUUCAUCACGCUCAACUCCAUUCGGUUUGGUUCUCGUAUCGGUAUUUCACGGUUUGCCAUGGCAACGCGAAAACGAGAUUGUUGUGUCUUUAAAACAGCUUCAUCUUUGAUUGUAAGCACGGAAUUUUUGUAGAUUAAAUCUUGGUUUUACUCUCCACUGUUUUCAAUCAGCAACUCGGCCAAGAAACAAAACUUUUGGAAUCGGAUAUCAAGGACUUUGCAUUUGGAUACCUAGAAAUGAUUGCCCGACCAAUGUGUGGAAUUGUGGCUAAUUUAGGCCAUGGCCAUGGCGUUUCUCAAUCAAUGACACAUUGACCGCGAACUGAGUUGGGGAACAUUCUUGCCAUAAAGGAUCUUUUGGAAUAUCAAACCAACCAUUGCGACAGGUGGAAAUGGAUUUAUGAGUCUAGAAUUGAAUCCCUAGCAAGAUUUGAGAAUGGCCGCUAGGCGAAGGUGAAGGAUCCGGUUCGGAUAAUCCGAUUAACCUCGUGUCAUACACGUCAAGGAGUUUUUUUGACUACAUCAACGGAUCACAGGUCGCCUAGGGUCAGGGAACGCUCUCCUAGAAAUAUGACAUCAAGCAAAACAUGGUAGCUCUCCGGAUUGUUCAUGUCCGCCUGGCCGCUAUAGGUUGCAGUUCAGAGAUGAACUAACAACCAAGUUUCAAAGCAAUUUAUGAUGACAGUGAGCGGCAAAUACAUUAUCCUUUGGAUAUAUCCGUAUUGCUGUAAUAUCUAAAUUUGAGAAAAUAUGGCCGGUACCUAUGAAAGCGCAAGUGACUCAAGCCCAAAUGCAAGCAAAGCUGAUGACAGACCGCUGUUUCUGAAGAAAAAGGAUGAGCCCAUUGGAACAGUUCACAACUUCGCUGCAGUCCCGCCAGACUUUGAAGGACAGCCAGAAACUGGCCAUCUCAUAUUCAAUGCAAGUUUUGAGAGUGGGAAUCUUGGAAGAGUUGACUUUGUUUCAGAAUUUGAAUAUGAUUUGUUUAUUAGGCCAGAUACCUGCAAUGCAAGAUUAAGAGUUUGGUUCAAUUUCACAGUUACAAAUAAUUUUGCAAGUCAAAGAGUUAUAUUCAAUAUUGUAAACUUCAGCAAGACUAAAAGUUUAUAUCGUGAUGGCAUGAGCCCUUUGGUGAAGUCAUCAAGCCGGCCACUAUGGCAAAGGGUGCCAGCGAAAAAUGUUUUUUAUUAUAGAAGUCCAGAACAUAGAAACAAUUAUGUGAUGUCCUUUGCAUUCUCAUUUGACAGGGAAAAUGAGGUGUACCAGUUUUCAUAUUGUUACCCAUACACAUUUAACAGACUGCAGUUAUAUCUGAAUAAAAUAGAGGAAAGGCAACUUGAUUACUUCAAAAGAGAAGAGCUUUGUCUCAGCGUGCAACAUAGAAGAGUUGAUCUUAUCACCAUAACAUCAAAAGAGAAUCAAAAAGCUAAUACGAAAAAGCAUGUGAUUUUUAUCACUUCAAGAAUCCAUCCAGGAGAAACGCCAUCGAGUUAUGUAUGUCAGGGCAUGAUCGACUUUUUGAUUAGCAACCACCCGAUCGCCAGGGUUCUUCGAGAUUACCUGGUCUUCAAAUUUGUGCCUAUGCUCAACCCAGACGGUGUUGUUCUUGGAAAUUAUCGUUGUUCUCUAAUGGGUUUUGAUCUUAAUCGCUAUUGGCUAGACCCAUCCACGUGGGCACAUCCAACCAUUGUGGCUACCAAGCAGCUUCUACUAUCGAUGAAUGAAGACCCGAAAAUCAGCCUUGAUUUCUAUAUAGACUUGCACGCACAUUCGACAAUGAUGAAUGGCUUCAUGUAUGGCAAUGUGUAUGAAGAAGAGGACAGAUACGAAAGACAAGCGGUGUUCCCCCGUCUAUUAUGCCUAAACGCCGAAGACUUCUCGCUUUCCAGCACGUCAUUCAAUCGUGACUCGGUGAAAGCGGGAACUGGCCGACGGGCCCUUGGCAGCUCGUUAUCUGCACAGACCAACUGCUAUACGUUAGAAGUUUCAUUCUUCAGCUAUACGUCUGGACUAAUGGGGACAACGCCUUAUACAGAGGAAGGCUACUUCAAGUUGGGACGGAAUGUGGCGCGAACGUUCCUUGAUUAUUAUCGCUUGAAUUCCUUAGUGGCGAACAGAAUUCGGGCGGAAAGUCGGCAUUUAGGGAAAGACAGUAGCUCUGAAAGUUAUUCAAGUGCCCCCGGAUCGCAGGAAAAUAUACAGAAGCCCAGUAACAGUUUUGAUAACAUCCGCAGGGUUGCAAAUCGCUCAAAGGUUACCGAAAAGUCUAAUCGUAGUUACCGCAGAAGUUCGCAUGUUUCCCGAGAUUCUGGUUCGUCAAGCUCGUACGAGGAGAGCACGAGCGAUUUCAAAGCGAAGAGGCAGCAAAGCAACAAGAAUAAGCGAAAAUAAAGAGGGUUCAUCGGGUCACUAAAAAGAUACACAUUAUCUUCUUUCUAUUAUAUUUUUGAGUUAUUAGUUAGAAUACCAGAGUAUUUGCAAUAUGCACAAUUCUCUAUGUACAUAUUAUCAAAAGAAGGCAUUUUAUCUCAA